UUGAGAUAUUUCUCAGAAUGAAUAACAGAAUAGACUGCCCGGGCAUCCUUUAGAUAGCCUCAGUUCAAAUCUCCGAGAAAGAGAGACUCAUCUUCCUAAUCGAACGGGCAUUUUGGUUGAUCAUGUCCAAAAUAAUCCUUUCCAUCAAUGCCGGCUCUAGCUCCGUCAAGAUCUCUGUUUACACAGCAUUUUCCGGAGAAGACCCGAAAGAGCUCGCAGAGACGCAAGUAGAUGGUCUUACCUCUCCUCCCCCACAACUGAAAUAUACCCGCUGUUCACAAUCAAUUUGCAAAGAUCAGAAACUCGACGAGAAAAUCUCAAGCCAGAAAGAUGCCUUCAAAUACAUGCUGGACAUGCUGAUCAAGGACUCGGAAUUCUCGCAUAUCACGAAACAAGACGAUAUCGCUCUUGUCUGCCACCGUGUAGUUCAUGGCGGUGAUUUUGAAACUCCGCAGAUUAUCAACGACGAGACGUACCACAAGCUCGAAGCUUUGACCGACCUCGCGCCACUACACAAUGCUUCCGCUCUUGAGAUCGUACAAUGCUGCAUUGAAGAGAUGCCCAAAACGCGCAAUGUAGCUGUGUUUGAUAGCGAGUUCCAUCAGAGUAUACCGGAACAUAUCAGGACGUAUCCAAUCAACCAAGAGAUUGCAAAGAAGAACAAGCUGCGUAAAUAUGGUUUCCACGGGAUCAGCUACUCGUUUAUCACGAGACGUGUGGCGGCAUACUUGGGGAAGAAGGAGGGUGAGACGAAUUUGAUUGUAUUACAUCUUGGAAGUGGUGCUAGUGCGUGUGCGGUGAAGAAUGGGCAGAGUUUUGAUACUAGCAUGGGAUUGACACCUCUGGCGGGCUUACCUGGUGCGACGAGAAGUGGCAGUGUAGAUCCCAGUCUUGUCUUUCACUACGCAUCAGACGUUGGAAAGCUCUCCCCACACUCUACAGCGGAUCUUCAUAUAUCGCGCGCGGAAGAGAUUCUCAACAAAGAAUCAGGCUGGAAAUCCUUAACCGGCACAACGAAUUUCGGAACCAUCGCCUCGUCCGACGAUCCAAAGAUGAAGCUAGCAUUCAAUAUCUUCCUAGAUAGAAUUCUCAACUACAUCGGUGGUUACUAUGUGAUUCUCAAUGGCAAAGUCGAUGCAUUGGUCUUUGCUGGAGGGAUCGGCGAGAAGAGCGAGGUGUUGAGACGGAGAGUUGCUGAGGAGACUGCUUGCAUAGGUUUCGAGAUCGACUCAGAAGCCAAUAAGAAGCCUAUCAGAGACGUCGUGCAGAGUGUUGGGAAAGAUGGAGCAAGGCACAAACUUCUAGUGUGCCAGACAGACGAACAGUUUGAGAUGGCGAGGUGUUGCUCUAUGGAUGAUAAGCUGUUUAAUUGAGCGUUGGUUUAGUAAUGAAGUUAGCGAUAGAUACGAGGACUAUACAUCAUGUUUGCUAUCACUUGCCU